UGAAAAGAAAAAAUGAAGAAGAAAUAAUCUGCUUUAUUCCGUUGAUAUGAAGAUGCGUCGGCAACCACCAAAAAUUUUCCACCUGUUUCUUCUUUCACAAACAAAAGUACCUUAUAUUUUAUGCAAGCUUUCCAUUUGCCUCUGGCUUUAGUGCACACUGUAUAAUUUCACUCUAUUGACGGUGUAAUUUACGCUUUUUUUCUACUUUGCAACGUCAUUUGUGUUUUAUCAUGUCUUCCAAGGGGACGACGAUUAAAGAUGCAAUCACUCGAUUCGAGGAAAAAUACGAGUGCAAAGCAAACGAAGUCAGAUGGGUCAAACUAUACGCACAGAUUCCUCCUAUUGAAAAGAUGGAUGCUUCAUUGGCCUACCUAGCCCCUACGUGUGAACAACUCUCCCUCUCCACCAACUGCAUUGAGAAGAUAGCCAACCUCAAUGGAUUCAAACAUCUCCGCAUACUCUCGCUCGGCCGCAACAACAUCAAGGCUCUGUCUGGUCUGGAGGCAGUGGGCGAGACAUUAGUGGAGCUGUGGAUCAGCUACAACUUGAUUGAGAAACUGAAGGGAGUACAUGUGCUGAAGAAGCUGCAGAUACUCUACAUGAGCAACAACCAGGUCAAGGACUGGUCCGAGUUCCAGAGACUCAACGACAUUCCAGCCCUCAAGGAUCUGUUGUUUGUGGGCAACCCCCUGUAUGAGCGUGCAUGUGAGGAUGGGACUUGGAAGGAGGAGGCACUGCGGAGACUGCCUCAGUUGCAGAAGCUGGAUGGAAACCCAGUUGUGAGGUCAGAGGAGGAUGGGGAGCAAGCGGAGGGCGAAUCCAACAACCAAAUGAACUAGCUUAGAUCUGUACUUAUACAGCUCAAAAAUAAAGUUCUCCGCAGAGCAGUGACAGUUGUGAAAUUAAUCUAAUCAAUCAACAAUGCAUCAUACAAACAAUUUUCGCUUUUACCGUUCGGCAAGUAUAAAUGGUUGCGGAGUUGUUUCAAAAAUUUUAGAAAAUUGUGAAAAGGCGCCACUGAAUAGAGUAAAAACUGCAAGAAAA